UUAUCUCAGUCCCCUUAUCUUGAUCUGUUGAACGCGAGGUAAAUCGUUAAGAUACAAAUGACUGUUACUGUCCGUUAGAGAUGCAGUGUGGACUUAGAACUUUGUCAAUGAGUAAGUGUUUGUCUUUUAGCUACCACUACUGUCAUUCGACAUGUGCAAGUUCAGUUGUAGACAGAACUUCAAAGUUACAUUUUUAGGUAGGUAGACGCGAAAAUGCCGCUGCAAGAGGCCACGGAGAAGGAAUCGUUGAAUUUUAAUCAACUGUGCACGUUUGAGCGCUUCGAGGAAGUUUGGAGUCAUUACGGUUAUAAGAGUGACUUCAAAGACGUAAUAGAACGGGAGUUCUCAAGGACUAAAGGCAUUACAUACCUGGAUCAUGCUGGAACAACACUAUACCCUGAGUCACUGGUGAGAGAAUUCUAUCAGGAUAUCUCCAGGAAUGUAUAUGGCAACCCUCACAGCCAUAACCCCAGCAGCAGACUGACGCAUGACACAGUAGAGCAUGUCAGAUACAGGAUAUUGCAGCAUUUUAACACCACUCCUGAAAAAUACUCUGUGAUUUUCACCUCUGGCUGUACGGCAGCUCUCAAAUUAGUCGCUGAGAGCUUUCCCUGGAGGCCUCCCACUGCUACGGAGCCAGCCAGUCAGUUCUGCUAUCUGACUGAUAACCAUACCUCGGUGGUCGGCAUAAGAGGAGUUACUUCAGCACUGGGUGUAGUUUCUCUACCUGUCUCCCCCGAGGAGAUAGAGGCCAGAGCCAAAGAUGUAGCCCAGAGUGAAUGCAGAAGUGGCCAGACACCACACCUCUUCUGUUAUCCAGCACAGAGCAAUUUCUCUGGCAGAAAGUACUCCCUGGGGUACGUGAGGGGCAUCCAGGCGAGGAAGCUCUACCCAGCGUGUGACAGCCAGGGCCGGUGGUUCGUCCUGCUGGAUGCGGCCUCUUUUGCCAGCUGCUCUCCGUUGGAUUUGCAGGAGCACCCAGCGGACUUUGUUCCCUUCUCCUUCUAUAAGAUGUUUGGCUUCCCCACAGGUUUAGGGGCUCUUCUGGUCCGGAAUGAUACAGCUGCCCUCCUAAGAAAAGCAUACUUUGGUGGGGGGACAGCAGCGGCCUACCUAGCGGGGGAGAACUAUUAUGUGCCAACGCCAAAUAUGGCUAACCGGUUUGAAGAUGGCACCAUCUCUUUCCUGGACGUCAUUGCUCUAAAUCAUAGUUUUGACGCUCUACACACACUCACAGGAGGCAUGGACAAGGUCCAGCUGCAUACAUUUGGUUUAGCACGCUUUACUUACAUGUUGCUGUCGAGCCUUUGCCAUGGCAACGGACAACCAGUUGCUCAGAUAUACUCCGACAGCGAGUUUGAGAACCCGAGCACGCAGGGAGCCAUCCUCAACUUCAACUUGACGGACUGUCACGGACAAAUAGUUGGAUACUCUCAGGUGGACAAGCUGGCUAGUCUUUUCAAUAUCCAUGUGCGGACAGGUUGCUUCUGCAACACAGGUGCCUGUCAGCUCUUCCUUGGCAUCACCAAUCAAGACGUGAAGAGCAACCUACAGGCGGGUCAUGUCUGUGGAGACGACAUAGACUUGGUUGAUGGUCGUCCAACAGGAUCUGUGCGUGUGUCCUUCGGUUACAUGUCAACCUUCCAGGACUGCCAAAACUUCUUGAAUUUCGUGGUGGAGUGCUUUGUGGAGAAACCAGUCGAAGUGGACCAGGUGAAACUAGACAGACUGAAAUCGAACACCUCUUCUAAAGGCUCCAGUCAGUGUCUGCUUACCAAUGGGAAACCUAAACACAUAGACAAUAGAGAGCAUGCCUCUACAGAUCCAGUUGUGAAUGAAUAUGGAGGCAAGGCCAUCACCAAGGAAGCAAAGAGCCAAGGGAAGGCCCAGUAUCUGACUAAUAUCUACAUAUAUCCAAUCAAAUCCUGUGCAGCGUUUGAGGUGACUGACUGGCCAGUGGGCCCUCUGGGUCUGCUCCAUGACCGGGGCUGGAUGGUGGUGAAUGGUAAUGGAGUGUGUCUGAACCAAAAGAGAGAACCACGCCUAUGCCUCAUUCAUCCGCAGAUCUACCUGCCCUCGAACACACUGCUCCUGCAGGCCUCAGGAAUGGACACUAUUUCUGUCCCUUUGGAAAACCACAAUACGCCACACCAGAGUCAUGGGGUGUGUCAAAGCAAGGUGUGUGGUGACAGGGUGCAAACAGUAGAUUGUGGCGAUGAAGCUGCAUCAUGGCUUUCAGAGUUCCUUGGACAGCCUUGUCGUCUGAUAAGGCAAAGUCCUGAUUUCAUUCGCAACAUGAAAAAGGGCCAUGAAAAAGGGGUCUCAUCCACUGCCCUCUCCUUGGUGAAUGAAGCCCAGUACUUAAUGAUCAACCAUGCCAGUGUUGAUUUGCUUCAGAGACACAUCACCAGCAGACAGGAAUCCUCUGACCAUCAGCCUCUUGACAUCCAUGAGCUUAUCAGUCGGUUUCGUGCAAAUUUAGUCAUCUCUGGAUUGGAGCCAUUUGAGGAAGAUGAUUGGUCCCACUUGAUUAUUGGAAACACCCAUUUCCAGGUGGAAGGUCGCUGUGGCAGAUGCCAGAUGAUCGGGGUUGAUCAGAACACAGGAGCCAAGACCAAAGAGCCUCUUCUGUCUCUCUCUGCCUAUCGCAAGGGGAAGGUGACCUUUGGUGUGUACCUUGUCCACCAAUCACUGGAUGGCUCUAAUGCAACCCUAUCUGUUGGCGCUCCUGUAAUGUCUCAAUGGGUGCCAACUUAAAAAGCAAUCACACCGUUCUCGGUCAUGUUGCCAUCCCCUCUGUUCCUGAACCCAGUUAGAAAGACUGGGGACUUGCCUUUAAAAUAAUUGUAUUAAAUUCAUUGGAGGACAUUACUUUAGGAAAGUAAUGCCUUCCCUUUUUUUGAACGUUCCACCAUAAGCAUCCUGCACCUGACCUAGGAUUAUGAUGGGUUUUCCAUUCACCUCACUCCCCGCUGUGUAUCCCAGCUUCCUUGCACUUGGCUUCCCAUUGAUCCAAACCUGACUGAGUCCCGUGGCGGAGUCCCAGCUCCCACACAGAGACAUCCACAUGUUCUGCUUGCCUGGCAGCCCUGUGAAUGCACUUCCCACAUAUCUGACAGGUAGCUCCAUGGCACCAUUGGACUCUUUGAACAAUAGAAAGUCAUUGGUGCUUGUUGGAGUUGCCAUGGAGAAGAGAGAACACCCUCUUGACAUCUGUGAAAUAUAUUUAAGAGGUUCAUAAUACAAACAUUAGCUAGGCCUUGGAAUUACAUUAUGCAGCUGAAAUUAACUAAAUGCUAAAUAUACAUAUUAUUAACACCUUAUUUACCAAGCACUACCACUGAUAAAGCCAAUAAUAAUUCCAAAGGUUUUUGACUGCUGCUCACACCAUGGUAUUUGCCAAUAUGCAUUGCAAAGCUUUCUAAUGUGAAAUACAAAAACAUAUGGAAGUAUGGAAUAUCACAUUGAUUACCUUAGACAUACUGUCACAGAAGAAUAGUUUUCUCACUUUUUGUCAGUAGCCUCACAUGAUCAAUGUCAAACUCCUUUGGAAAUGUGAACAUUUUACCUGACAGAGAGGACAUGGUAAAUACUGGUAGCCUCUGUACGAUGAACCAAAUAUUUACAGUACAAUGUAUGCUCUGAUAUAAAUGUCAAUGGCCUAUAGGAUGGAGAUAUAUCUGAAUAAUUAUCAUAUUUGCCAUGUGGAGAGAGUGAUGUCAAGCACCAACACCAUUGAGAGAAUGUAUUCAUUUUAAUUAAGUAUUUUAAUUAUU